AAGCGGCUGGUCAUAUCUGCUUAUUGUUUGACCAAGUUGAGUCGGAAAGCACGCAUAGCCACGUCGAGAUUAGGAUACUGCUAUACUCAGGUGAUUGGUUGGGGGGUCGUCAUCACCGCAAGACCCUUCCCUACUAGUUACUCUGUACAGUGUACACUUUGCGCUGUAUACACUACUAUAAGUGACAGUGCCGGCAGAGUCCUAGCCCGUGAGGCUUGAGCUUAGAAGAAUAUUAGGCCAUGACUAGUAAUUAGCCCUGUAAGAUGGCUGUGGAUGCCAUGGGCUAUCCAUGUUUGGAUCUUAUGGUUGUCGAAGAAGAGGCGGUGUUCCUUCCUUUAAUUUCACGCUGUCAAAAUGUGUCUAUUGAUCCAUCAUCGGAACACGAGUCAGCAGUUGCUGGGCUCAUCAUAUAUGAGCGAGGAAGCUGCGCUGGAGUUUCAUGGUCUGCGACAGCUGAUCUACUCAACGCUACUCCCCCAUCAGGUCGAAACAAUACUGCUUUAUUGGCUCACCUCAAGAUGCGCGCGGUACUCCUCGUUGCUUCGCUAGGGGUGCUCUCUGCAGUUGCCCUUCCGCCGCCUCAACCAUCGAUGACUGUUGCCGCCCUCCCUUCGGCCACUGCCCCCGUGAUACUAUCUUCAGGUCAGGUUGAAGCUCGAGGGAUCAUCCAUGGCGACUUCGUGAAGACAUUCAGGCAAUUGGUGGACGAGGUGACGGGUCACCUGCUUCAACGCGAUGACAGCGACAAUAGCCAGACGUCAACUACCACCUCUACGUCUUCCACGUCGACAUCGACAACCACUACUUCCACGUCGACAUCUACUUCAUCUACUUCCACGUCGACGUCCACUUCUUCCACUUCUUCCUCUUCAUCAACGUCCCAAUCUACUAGCACGACCACCAGUACAACAUCCAGCACUAGUACCUCGACAGGAUCGUCAUCGACCACUUCAACCAAGACCACAACGGCUUCCUCCACGUCUUCGACUUCCACUGCCACCCCCACGGAGACGUCUGAGAGUGAUAAAGGCGUGUCAAAGAGUAGCAUGAUUGUUGGUUCGGCUGUGGUUGGAGCCUUUGCAGCACUCGCUCUUGGCUUUGUGCUUUUCCUCCUCUAUCAAAAGACUAGAGAGUGGUUACGUCGCAGAAGGCUGGAAAAAUUGAAAGACGAUGAUGCCGGAUCAUCAUACUCCGUGGUACCGUUGGCUGAAGAAGGCCUUGGAAAGAACAGGCAUCUCUCUGUCGAUGCGAGCUCAGAUCGAGAGUCACUCAUGUUUAACCGCAAUCGUUCGCCGUCUCUGACAUUUAUCGUGGAGCGCUCGGGGAAUCGCGAUUCAGUCACCCAGGUCUAUUAUAACCAUGACGAUGCAUCGAUAUUGGCCUAUGAUCAAACGGACCAACAAAGUCGGCGUUCUUCAGAGCGCAGUCUUACUGGCGUCAUGCCAUCUCCAGAAUCCCCAUACGACCCGUACAUUUCCCCCACGCAUCAACGAUCCGAAUCAACGCCGCAAGUUGUUGUUUCCAUGCCGCACCCAGAGGACUAUCGCUCGUCUUCGGACGGAGGCAGUGUGUCCCCACAAUCACUCGAAUUUCGUCACGGCGCAAGUGCCCAUCCAGAGUAAAUGAAAGAUGAACCUCUUUUUGGCUGCUAGUCCUCAGGAAAUUUUCUUUUUUGAAUCGACGAUUCUAUGCCUCGCCUUUCUGGAAAUAGGUCUACAAGCGAUCAUCCUGGACUUUUGAUGAUCCCAUGGACUGACUAGAUGUUGUCCCCUCUAUCCAAAGCUUGACGAUACCCACACUCAAUAGAAUUUGCUGUUUUUUUAAGCGGAGUUCACUUCUAUUCUU